AUAUUUCUGAAUAAAUAAAUGCAGUCUUAAAAACAUAAGGGUCUAAUGGACCCAAACCAUUAGGUCUAUGUGUAUAAAUCUGAAUAUGAGCUGUAGUUACUUUUAGACUGGACUCCUGAUUUCUUCAUCCAGUCUUGUUCUACAUACUGAAAAAGCUAAAUGUAACACGUCUGCCGUGUAUUAAAGUAUUUUUAGACCCAUACACUGUUUUUAUCGUCAAACACCAGCCGUUUUAUCUUUCUUUGUCCAUUAAACACUGUAUUAUCAGGGCACUGUUAUGCACUAUUUUUAUUUUGCCCUAAUAUGCAACUUAUCUGCAAAUGCUUUGGCAGUACAAACGUGUUUGUGAUGCCAAUAAAACACAUUAAAACUGAGACAGACAUAAGCUGCAAAUGCUCUGGCGAUACAGAUGUACGAUUAGUAGUCAAUGUGCCAAUAAAGCACUGAAUUGAAUUGGGAGACGGACGGACGGACAGACAGUGAAGGAGAGAGAGACAGAAUGAGAGGGAGAUUUGUGUCAACUAAUCCCUCACAGGUUUAUCUGUCCUGAUAUACAGCUCACACUCCUCACGUCUCAGUCCUUCACCGUCCCGCCGCCACCAUGAGCUUCAUCGCUGACGAUGUGGAGAUAGACCCGGUCACCCUCAACCUCAUCAUCCUGAUCGCCAGCUAUGUCAUCCUCCUCCUCGUCUUCCUCAUCUCCUGCAUCCUCUACGACUGCCAGGGCAAGGACCCCACCAAGGAGUACGCACCCGACCCCGAGCCCAACAUCAACACAGCUCCCAUCCGGCUGGUGGUCAUGCAGAGUUCACCCGCCAAUGCCAGGUGGGACCAGAACAAGAUGAUGACCAGUUACGAUCCUCCUGGUGCCGAGAAAAAGAGUACUUUGGUCUGACAGACUGGAAGGAGACGGACUGAUAACAGCUGCUCAACAGCACACGUUAUCUUUUCUAUCUACUGUACAUACACAAAGUGUAUCUAUCAUUUUAUAACUUGCAUAAAACAUCUUUUUU